AGUCGACGCCAGUUGUUGGAAUGCGUUGCCUAAUGAAAAGUUUCUUGGCAAAUGUUAAGGAUUUUUCUACCACUAUCUGGAAUUUAAUAAAUCAUCGGACUACGCUAAGAUAAAGACAAUGAUCGAUUCUUCAAAUCUUACUCAAUAUGUUCUUGAAAAUUAUGGACGUAAACGGCAGGAUUUAAGCAUAGUUAUUCCUAUGAUAAUAAUCUACAUUAUUAUCUUUAUUACUGGUGUCUUUGGAAAUGUUGCAACAUGCCUUAUAAUUGCAAAAAAUAGAUAUAUGCAGACACCCACCAACGCCUACCUCUUCAAUCUGGCCGUCGCUGAUCUCAUAGUUCUGAUAUUAGGUCUACCGCACGAAAUUUGCAUAACUUGGCAAACUUAUCCAGAUAUUUUUGGUGGAAUUUUUUGCGUGGCUCGUGCCCUUAUAGCCGAAACAUCCACAUACGCUAGUAUAUUGACUAUUACUGCGUUUACCGCUGAAAGAUAUGUUGCUAUAUGUCAUCCCAUGUGGUCGCAUACCAUGUCCAAGAUAAAAAGAGCCAUAAAGAUAAUUAUAAUUAUCUGGUUUGUAUCUCUAGUGUGUGCAGCACCCUUAGCAAGCCAAUUCGGCAUAAAGAAUUUACAGUGGAACAUAACCGGUGAAGAGAUUGAUGGAACCGAAAUAUGUGAUGUCGUCAGACCUUUAGAAAGGGUUUUUGAAAUCUCAUCCUUUCUUUUCUUCUUUACACCAAUGACAGUGAUUGGUGCCCUCUACGCCCUUAUAGGUUGGACGAUAAGAAAAAGUACGAUAAAUAGAACCGGUAGCGAUAUAUCUGAUCAAAGUGGACAUCCAACCGAUUUUCGUACUCAACAACAGUCUAGAGCCAGAAGAGCUGUUUUAAAGAUGCUAGGUAAAUAUAACACUUGUUAAGUUUUUAAUUUUAUCGACAAAAAUAAUACUGACCUAGACGCUAUUGUCUUUAAUUAAAGCGCAAAAAUUCUCUGUUUCUUUCAAGUUUUUUCUCCUAGAUAAUCAUAUACCUAAAUUAAACCAAUUUAUGUGACGCUUUUCAGACAUAUGUCAUGGUUUUGUAUUUUUUUUUUGUUGAAAAAAAAUUUCACUCUUAUGAUUUUCUAAAAAAAAUAUCACAAGAAAAUAGGAAAAAAUAACUAGGCUGUUUUCUUAAGCGUCCAAUUUAUCAAAGGAAACGAUUCCAGUCCGAAUAGUUAAUGGGCGGUUAGUGACGUAAAUUUUUAUCAUAGGGAAAUAAAUCCUAGAAGCUACUGGUUUCUUUUUCUUUCAAUUUGAUUGUUUAAAUAGUAAAGAAAUUGGCUAUGUAAUUAGUUUGUAUUUCUCACGAGGAAUCGGAAGAUCGCAUGAUAAAAGAGAUUUUUUAGAUUUCAUGCGUUAAAAACCUUUCAGAGUAUCUUUCAGUAAGGAUUUCACGUUUGGAUGGUUCGGAUACGCUUGUCCGAGCUUCUUUAGCGUUUUCUUUAUCAAUAACCAAAAAUCUUUUCCUAGUUGUCUUUCGAUAAAUGCAUUAAAGAGGAAAGAGGCUUCCUACUAAUACCUUGCCCAACCAAUAAUCCUACUGUACCAUUCACCUCAACUUGUCAAUCUUUUCUCAGUUUCUCAUUCUCUCCCACUUUUUUCCUUUCCACGUCCCUACUUUACAUUUUUCCUUGUCUGCUAUCCAUCAAUUCCCAGCGUCUAAGUCAGCACCAUUUUUAUAGCUGCCAGUGUCAGUUUCUUUUAGGAUUGACCUUGUGCUCAAUUAGGGUUAAAUAAAUAGUAAAAAAUCUAUUUUAAAUAAAUUUAGGCAAGAUCAUUCUUGAUUUAUUUAUAUAUCAAUCUAAUAAUAAUGAAUAGUUGUGAUAAGGACACAUUUAGGAAUAAGUCAUGAUCUGAAUACCUGUGAGCUUGCAAACAUAAGUUUUAUCAAUUAUACUAUGUACGAAGUCCUUGAUAUUUCCCUUUUAACAAGCUCUUUGAUGAAAACUUGAAGAAAAUGUCAUAUAAAAUUUAACUAACUCUCAGAUUAGUAGAAUGACAGAUUGAUUGAUUAACCUUUAAUUCCCUAUCUUACUUGAGGUAUUAACUCAUUUGUUGCUCCUUCUCUUUUUCAAUAGUUAAAUAAGAAUGAAAAGAGAAAAAUUCUCAAGUAAAUAGUAAAUUUAUACCUUUCUUUUCUUUCUUCUUUUUUCCUUGAAGAAACUACCUUCCUUCCUUCCUCCGUUUCGUUUUUUACUUUUUAGUUUUAUCUUUUCGUAUCAUUUUAAUUAAUCAGAAGAUAAUUUACAUUAUAAAAUUCGCUCAAUAACUAAUUUACUAAUCAGAUAAAGGAUAAUAGGCCUAAUAAAAAAUAAGUACAGUAUACAUUUUUUAAAUGCUAAACCUAAAUAUCUAAGUCAAGGGCGAAUGAGUAAACAGUAUUGAAGAGAAGAAAUAACUAAGCAAGAGGAAAGGACAUAGUGAAAAGAGAAAGAGAGAGAGAGAUAGAGAGAGAGAUAGAGAGAGAGAUUCAAAAGAAGUAGAAAAAUUGCAUACUCUAGUAUCUUCUUUUUAUUACUGCUAUCUUUUAUUUUUUUAUCGCAUUCUCAACACCUUUAAGUAAAAAUUGUAGCAGA